AUGGCCGCCCUUCAGCGUAGCACUUCUUCUACCAAAUGGUUCCGGGGCCGGGCCACUGUUAGAGUCAACAAUGUUAUUGAGCAAUCUAAGGAGUUCCGAGACAUUCUCCCUAGUUUGCUGCUGGCCAAGACGUGGGUGAUGUUUGGUGUCAAUAUUUUUGCCGUGAAGCCCAACAUCUUCGCCCCAUUGCUCCAGGCGCAAUCUCUGGGCGCUGAGCUGAGCAGCCAAAACGUCAGCGUCAGUCGCAAAGCUUCGAUAUGCUUUGGCCCUGUCAAUGGCGUCCAGGCACGCUGUGAACAAGCCUGGAAGACCAAUGAUGCCAACGGUGAGUCCGACCGGCUCCAUUGUGUGGCGAUGGCGACGUGA